AUGACCGAAGUCGCUGGUCCUCACGGCAUACGAAAGGCAAUUCCCAUCGUUGGGGGUAACUUUACCGGUCCCCGUCUCUCGGGCAAGAUUCUUGACGUCGGAGCGGACUGGGGCCUCACUGAUCCUCGAACAAACAUCUUUUCAGCGGACACCCGAUACAAUCUGCGAACGAAUGAUGGCGCUGACAUCUAUAUUCGGACUUCUGGGCCAAAAGGCCCAGAUGGUCAUCUACAUCUACGGAUUGUCUUUGAAACGGCAAGCAAGAAGUAUUAUUGGCUCAAUAAUGUCCUUGCGGUUGGACUUUUGACGUCGGGUAUCCCGACCACUAAGAACGUCAGCUUGUUGAGGAUUGAUGCUUGGAACUACUACAUGCAUGCAGUUCAAGUUUGA